CGCUGCGCGGUUUCGAAUCCUUCAAAAGAAUUUUUCUCUUGGCUAUGGAAGUCGUGAAUGUGCGCAGGUGUUAGACGGUCUCUGAUUAUCGAACUUGCAGGUAUCACCCGGUGGGCCUCUAAUAGGUCGUCUACACGGGCCAUAAUUUUCGGCAUUUUGUAGGCGGCAUCAUGGCUCGCAACUUACCAACCACAUUCGGCAAUAUAACCAAAAUAUUGCAAUAUGGCCGAGCAAUAUAUCCUGGCAUUUGUUUAGUGCGGCAAUACUGGCCGGCAAGUGUCCGAGAGAUCGACCGCUUUGCGAAUUUUCAGCAAUAUGGCUCAGCCAUCUUUGAAUUUGUCUCGCUUAGCUUGUUUAGCCGCGCGUCAUUCGAGUGUUGUUUUGUGGUGAAUUUUCUUAAUUUAAAAUGACUAAUUGGACUAACGAAAAGACUUUACAUUUAAUUAACGCUAUACAUUUACGUCCAGAAUUGUGGGAUGUUGACAAUGUUUUGUAUAAAGAUAAGAAUCGGAAAAAAGAUGGCUGGAAUGCAAUUGCUACUGAACUUGAAAUAUCAAGCGAUGAAGCCUACAAAAAGUUUCGCAGCCUGAGGACCUACGUUAAAAACGAAGCUAAAAAGUCUUCAAAGAAGAGUGGAAGUGGCGCUAAUAGUAAAGAUAGUACUUGGUUCGCUUUUCAAGCGAUGCAGUUUAUAUUAGCACGUGAUACACCAAACGAUGGUAUGGACACUGAAAAUAUGAGACAGGCUGUACAUCAAGAUUCUGAUGUUGACCAAUCUGAAGAAUCUCAAGAAAGUCCAGAACCUCAAGAGAAUACUGAUACUAUGGAACCAUUGCCAAAGCCGGUAAAUGUCUCUCGAGUUGUAAAAAAGAAACCAUCAAAAUAUAUACCUAAUCAUGAAGCUGCUUACGCCGAUGCCCUUAACAUAAUAGAAGAAUCGAAAAGUAACCGCAGGAACCCAUAUUCAUCAUUCUGCGAUCACAUUGCAACUAAAAUGAAUUCUUAUGACAAGUUGAUUUGCAAUGAAGUCGAGUUCAAAAUUAGCAAAAUAUUAUAUAAAGCUGACAAGAAAAUGCUACGCAACUCCAAUCCUGGAAGUCGUAUGGCUUGCGCAUCAUCUUCUAGUGAAAAUACAAAUGACGAUUACAUUAAUGCGAAGUUUAAGCUUACUCCUCUCGCAGCUAGCGAUAGAAAUUCCGGUCAUAAUAUUGUUUCGCCGCAGACACCAUACUCUAUUUCAAGCGAAAAUAUAAAUUCAGAUUACUCCGACUUAGUUUCUCGACCAGCUAAUAUAGAACAGGAUGCAAGGACGACCGAACAUAUUUCGAUUACUUCCAACUAUCGUACACUGGUGGAAUCUUACUGCAGCGAAGAUCCUCCCCUGUUUCAAUCUGCAGAAACUCUCACAAGGCGAAACUAAAUGAAAAACACUAGCGAAUUUAUCUAGCUAUUGUCUUUUAUUAAGUUAG